AUGGAGAGGAGUGUGCUCGCCGUAGUUCUGGUACUGGUUGUGUCGGUGGCGCUGGGUGGCGCCACGCCCGCCUGGGCCGAAUUGAGGGCGAGCCAGUGCGAGCGGGAGACCACGCUCGGGCUCAACGCCUGCAGGCAGCUGCUUUUCGGGCUCCCCCCCAGCAAAGAGUGCUGCCAGCGCAUCCGCGUCACCCGCCUGGAGUGCGUGUGCCCCCUGAUAACCCCCGAGGUGGCGGCGCUCGUCGGCGUUGACCGCUUAGUCAAGAUCAUGAAGGGCUGCGGGCGCCCCAUUCCCUCCCACUACAAGUGCGGAAGUAAGUAG